GACUGUAUUUUGACGAAGGCCCCACACAGACACAUACUCACACUCCAUUCUCUUCCCAUCUUCAUUUCGACAGUAAACUGUGGGACUAAAACAACGCUCAGAUCCGAAUCCGACCACAAAAAACUUCGCCAAAACCCUAGCCCGGCGUACAAUAUCCGCUCAGUUGGGGUGACACCAGAUGGCAGGGGUGGAUGUUCAAAAUCCGCUUCUUGGAGAAACAACAUGUGGAUCAUUACUGCAUCAGUUGCAAAAAAUUUGGGAUGAGGUGGGUGAAAGUGAUGAUGAAAGAGAUAAGAUGCUUGUUCAGAUAGAUCAAGAAUGUUUGGACGUGUACAAGAGGAAAGUGGACCAGGCUACAAAGUCAAGAUCACACCUUCUUCAGACAUUGGCAGAUGCUAAACUUGAACUCUCCACUCUUGUUGCAUCCCUAGGGGAGAAUACAUUUGUUGGGUUUUCUGAGAAGACUGGUGGAACCAUCAAAGAGCAGCUUGCUGCUAUUGCACCGGCUCUAGAACAAUUAUGGAAGCAGAAGAAGGAAAGGAUCGAGGAGUUCUCAGAUGUACAGACACAAAUACAAAAGAUAUGUGGAGAAAUUGCAGGGAGCAGUGAGGGUGCAGCAGGAUUAGGAAACCAAGGUGUUGAUGAGUCUGAUUUAUCCUUGAAGAAGUUGGAUGAAUUCCAUGAUCAACUACAACAACUGCAGAAAGAAAAGAGUGAUAGACUGCACAAGGUCCUUGAGUUGGUGAGCAGUGUACAUGAUCUUUGUGCUGUCCUUGGGAUUGAUUUUUAUAGUACAGUCACGGAAGUUCAUCCAAGCCUCAAUGAUGCAACUGGCGUACAAUCUAAAAGCAUAAGCAAUGACACACUUACUCGCCUUGCAAAGACACUCAUAUCUUUAAAAGAAGAUAAGAAGCAACGCUUGCACAAGCUUCAAGAAUUAGCAACCCAGUUAACUGAUCUUUGGAAUCUGAUGGAUACAUCUGAAGAAGAACAGGGGUUGUUUGAUCAUGUGACUUGUAACAUGUCGGCUUCAGUGGAUGAAGUGAAUGUCCCAGGGGCCCUUGCUCUUGAUUUGAUCCAACAGGCGGAGUUGGAAGUGGAGAGGCUGGAUGAUUUAAAAGCAAGCAAAAUGAAAGAGAUUGCUUUUAAAAGGCAAGGGGAGCUUGAGGAGAUAUUUGCACGUGCACAUAUUGAGAUUGACAGAGAGGGUGCGAGGGAGAAGAUUUUGGGUCUGAUUGAUUCUGGGAAUGUGGAGCCUUCUGAGUUGUUGGUUGAUAUGGAUAACCAGAUCAUAAGAGCCAAAGAAGAAGCCCUGAGCAGGAAAGAUAUUUUGGAUAAAGUGGAGAAAUGGAUGUCGGCUUGCGAAGAAGAGAGUUGGCUUGAAGAUUACAACAGGGAUGACAACAGGUACAAUGCAAGUAGAGGCGCACACUUGAACCUGAAGAGAGCUGAAAAGGCUCGAAUAUUGGUGAACAAAAUUCCAGGUGUGGUUGAGAGUUUGGUGGGGAAGACACGGGCAUGGGAAGAGGAGCAUGGGAUGAGUUUCAUGUAUGAUGGGGUUCCGUUGCUUGCGAUGCUAGAUGAAUAUGCGAUGCUCAGGCAUGACAGGGAAGAAGAGAAGCGAAGGGUAAAGAAGGAUCAGAAGAAGAUGGUUACCGAGCAGCAGCAGGUAAAUCCAAAUACAGAGGUAGAAACUGCGUUUGGUGCGAGGUCAAGCCCUGGGAGGCCGCUUAGCAGUAAUACGAAGAAGGUGGGGGUGCGUGCCACUGCCAAUCCCAAUGGAAGUCCGAAUCGACGGUUGUCUUUGAAUCAGAAUAGGUCGGUUAAUAGAGAUGGGAAGGUGAAGCCUAAUAAUUCUCCAUCUCCGUUGAAGGAUGCUGCGUCACGUGUAUCCGGUACUGAGCCUGCCCCGACUACACCUUAGCUAGGGUGGUUAUUUCAAUAAUAAAACCCAAAUAUUUUAGGAUUUCCUCAUGUAUUUUAUUGUUGUUAUUAUAAAUCAGUCUAGAGAGAGAAAAAAAAAAAAAGAGUGGACAUGGUUUAGGUUGUUCUUUGUAUCCGGUAUCAAUUACUCUUUAGUUUUACCUUUAACUAACCACUUUUCCAUUUAAAAAAUUGAUUUAUCUAUUUUUUGGAUUGACUUGCCUUUAGCGGCAAAUGUGUCGCUAUCUUACGUGGAUGAAUCAGUUUUUUUAAGUGGAAGAUUCAUCUGUUUUUCUUCUAAA